AUGACAAAUAGUGAAGAAAAUAAUUCUUACUCUAAUCCGACUCUUACAAAAAGUGAACAUGAUGAAAAAGUAAACCAUCUCGUUAAAUGGUGUGAUAUAGAAUUAACUAAAAGAGAUUCAUUGGAAAGUCAAAAUGGAGCAGUUGUCGAGGGUACAAAAGCUUUAAUGGAUUUUGAUGAUAUACUGCCGUUAAUAGGAGAAUUUGGAAAAUAUCAAAAGAUCCUGUUUCUUUACAUGAUACCAUUUGAGUUCUUUUUGGUAUUUGUAUAUUUUACACAAAUCUUCUUGACUCUAACACCCGAGCAGCAUUGGUGUGAAGUGCCUGAGUUGGCUAAUUUAACUUUAAAUGAAAGACUUGAACUUGCCAUUCCCUUUGUUGAGGGUUCCUACAGUAAAUGUUAUAUGUAUAAUGUUAACUUUACUGAACAAUUAGAAAAUGGUGUUACUAAGGCUAAUACCUCUUGGCCCACCGUGCCCUGUUCAAACGGUUGGUCUUAUAAUUUUACCGAAAUUCCUUAUACCACCAUUGCUACCGAUUUGAAUUGGGUUUGUGAUGAUGCCGCGAAGGCUACUUAUGCUCAAUCGAUAUUCUUUUUGGGUGCCAUAGUGGGUGGCCUGCUAUUUGGUUGGAUUGCCGAUAAGUUCGGAAGAAUUCCUUCUAUGAUUGCCUGUAAUUUAGUGGGUUGUGUUGCUGGAAUGGCAACAGCUUUUGUGAAGACAUUUUGGGGCUUUGCUUUGAUGCGAUUUUUUAUUGGUUUUGCUUUCGAUAAUUGUUUUGUUAUGAUGUUUAUAUUGGUUAGUGCUGCAGUUUAA